AUGCCCAAAUCAAAAUCCCAACGGACGCUCCCCGUCCCUUCUACAUUCACCGACACACUUCCCUUACCCAAACUAAUAGUCUUUGAUCUCGACUACACACUCUGGCCCUUCUGGGUCGACACGCACGUGACGGGACCCUUGAAACCCGCCAACGCCGCAGGCCAAUAUAACACUCAUAUGCUCGACCGCUGGGGCGAAAGCUUCGCCUUCUACAACGACGUGCCAGCAAUCCUAGCAGCCGCCCAAGAACGGGGCAUCACCAUAUCUCUAGCAAGCCGUACUCACGCGCCUAAACUUGCGCAAGAGAUGUUAGGAGGCCUGCAUGUACCCAGCAGCGUCAUGACUGAAAAGGAGAAGGAGAAGGACACCACCGCACCCGCUACAAAUUCGAAACCCUUACGUGCAAUUGACCUCUUCACGCACGCCCAGAUAUACCCGGGGACUAAGACGACGCACUUCAAGCGUUUACAGGCCGCGACGCAGAAAGCGGGCCAGCCAGUCCCCUUUGAGGACAUGCUCUUCUUCGACGACGAAAGGCGCAACCGCAACGUCGAGACCGAAUUGGGCGUCACAUUUUGUCUGGUUUGUGAUGGAAUAACUCGAGACGAAGUCGACAAUGGCAUUUGGGAGUGGCGCAAGAGGAGGGGGAUUACGAAAACGGAUCUACCCGCUCAACGUGGCCAGGGUGAAGAUAUUGCAGGGUUGGAGGGAUGA